AUGCCUAAUAAAAUUCUAGUCAGAUAUUUGAAUAUGAAAACAAAACAACAAGAAGGCAAGGACUACAACAUCGAUUUAACCAAUGAUGGACGAUUAAAUAUUAAUUUAUUAAUGGAACUGUUCGAUCUGAAGGUGGUUUUCAUGUGUGAUUCGAGUUGUGAGAGACAUGAUGUUCUCGUUCCUGAUCUGGAUGGGAUGUCAAUUCGUCCAUUCAAACGUGCGGAAAUUGUUAGACUUUCUGUUUCAGCGUAUGAAGCUGUAAUUAACAUUACAGGACCGAAGAAAGUUUUAUUGUUAACGAUUAUUAUCGCUAUUGGUUUUAGUUAUUUUCCAUUAUUUAUAGCAAAACUAAGUAGUAAUCGAGAUUUACUAAUACUUAACGAUUCAUCAUUAUUGAAUGAUCAUGUCAGUACUACACGUUCAUUGAGUCUAUUGCGUACAGAACAUAUUUUUUUUCCAACAACUUCAAGUAAAUCAUAUUAUGAACAACAUUCCUCGUCACAAAAAUUCAAACAACAAAAUGAUUUACAAAUACAACAGCAAGAGACUCAACAAUAUUUCGCUGGAAAUUUACGUAUUGAAGCUGAAGCUACAUUACACUUAGCGUUACGUUUGAUCUACGCAAUAUUGGUGGAAUAUGGACAAUUCCUUGAGAGACAUCAUAACGAUUUAUUACAGGCUGAACAUUAUUAUACUCGUGCUUUGACAACUCAUCCUACACAUCUUCGUGCAUUAGAAAAUAAACGUCGUUGUCUACCGUUAGUAGAAGAAAUUGAUCAAAAAACAUUUCAAUUUAUUGAUCAAUUGUUAGCAGAAUUUUAUCGUAUACCGGAUACUAAUCCAUAUUUGAGAUGA